AUGUCCACAUCCCCCACAAAUCCCGACGCUCAUUACCCCGAAGAACAUGAUCUUCUACCCCCCACCCGGGCUACCCCAUCCCCGGAACCAGUGCAAAGUCCAAUCUCUUCACUCUCCCCGAUAACGCGCACAGUCGCCAUCAUCAAGACUCAUGCGCUCCAUCACAGGUUCGACAUUGAGCGCCGUAUCCAGGAAGCAAGCUUUGAGAUCGUGAAAGAGAGGCAGAUGGAAUUCGAUACAGAGACGGAUCCAGACACAUUGUACGAACUGUUCGGCGAGGACGCAGAGUCUUUGGCAGAAGGCCCUGUCUGGGUAUAUGUUCUGGAACGCCGUCGGGCGGUAGAAGUUUGGAAUACGCUUAUGGGAGACAGAGACCCCGAAUUUUCGCGUCAAGAAGCACCCAACUCGCUUCGCGCGCUCUAUGGCAACUCUUUAGCUCAAAACGGCCUCAUGGGGUCCCCCGAUACCCAAACAGCGGAAAUUCAGAUCUCAGCGCUGUUUGCGUCGUCCCCACCUUUCCCCACCACCGAAUUGCCGGACGACCGUUACGGAUCGAUGAGGUCUGUUUCCUCUUCGUUCCUGUCCAAUGUGCGCAAUACGGUGUCUGAUGAAGGCUACGCUCGAUCGAAUGGGUCUACCGUCAAUGGGAGUACCUUAAAGGACGCGAACGGCAAAGUUCUCUUCCGUGCACGUCCAAUUCCCGCUACAAAUGAUAAGCCCGACAUCGUUCCCCGCACUACACGCGCUGCGGCGCUAAGAGCGGGGCUGGCGGUCGACAAGGUCCCUGUUGCACCACGCGGCCCAGUCAGCAAAGAACGGCUCGCACAGACGUUUGCGAACGUUCCUGGUCAUAAGCGCCGAGAAACUAUUUCAGUUGCGUCGACUGCUGCGCCUGCCAUUGCUCCUCGCAUGACCCGCGCGGCUUCGUUGAGACUUGGUCAAACCCCGGCACCGCCGGCUAUAAGAAGGCGAGCAGUGACGAACGAAGAGACAAAAAAAUCAACUUUUGAAGGUGUACCAGGGCAUAAGCGGCGAGAAUCUAUCGCUGUUGCGUCUGUGAAAGCGCCUACCGUCGCACCGAGAUUAAAUAAGAGCGCUGCGCUACGCGUACAGAAGGAACAAGUUCCUCCUACCUCGUUUAUGUUUCGUGGACCCGCGGCACCUAAACUUCCUGGUCUCUCUCGAACAUCGUCCUCGGAUGCCUUGAGCUCCCAAACCCAGCCACCUCCCCGUCCAGCUUCACAGGCGUCUACCUCCGUAGCACCCUCACGCUAUGCCGUUCCACGUGCAUCAUCAGUAGCAGCCAUCAGACCCACCCCGCAACCACUCAGAGCCUCUGCCUCCCUUUCCAAGGCCACUGGAAAUAAGGCUACCACCACCUCAGAUAAUGCCCCGAUUAAGCCUCGACCACGGCCCAGCAGCGCACUAGGUGCUCCCACAAUUGCACCUCGAACGAACCGCAGUGCCGCUCUGCGUGCGGCCAAGCAAGAGGCGGAGAACGCAGCUGCGGCAGCAGCUAUUGCCAAAAAGGGCCCUCGGCCCUCCAAGGCUGCACCGUCGAGCUUCAAGCCACUGGCUAUUUAG